AAACCAUCAUUUUCUUUUUAAAGAUAAUUUCUCUACUCAAAGUAGACCAGAGUAUUCGAACUAUCACCGUUUAUGUGGCUUACUGCGUAUUAGCAGUUAACCUACUGAUUAGAAGUGGAAACAAGUUGAAUUACAGCAACAAUGGGAAGUUCAAGCAGUAAAACAGUUACAACAGACCGCUACGUAAGGGAGGUCCGACAAGUUCGCACGGGAAUGUCUGAUCGAGAUAGAAGGCUUUAUAAUUUCGCAAGAAUCAAAAUUGUGGAAGAAAAUUUAGAUGAUGCGCAGAUCACUGUCGGGUUCCAAGACCAGGAAGCUAUUGUUUUAACAGCAACAUAUAAUCCUUCUGCUAAGGUCUACAUCGGGUACAACAUUUACGGUCAUCCAGAAAUGUUCUGGCAGAAACGUGGUUUUUGGAGGUCCGUGAAGUCGUUCUUCGUUGAUUGUUUCAGAAGUUUGAAAGGCGCACUAUUAGAUGCAUUGGCUAUCGGAGCGUCAGCAGCCAUGAAAUCUAUCGGAUAUUACUAAUCUGUAUGAAUACGGUCCAAUAUGAACUAUAAUUAAAGAUUAGUUUCCAUAAAUA